CAAACGCCCCCGAGCUGGGCCCCGGCCGCGACGGCGACACUGAACAUGGACGCACGGGCCGAAGGAGAGAUGGACGCCAAGACCGCGCGCAGCGCGCGGCGCCUCAAGAUACUGCGUGUGGUGCAGAGCGCCCUCGCCGCGUUGCUUUCGCUUGCCAUCGCCGCCUUCCAGGGUCGCGUUUACUUUACCUACUACAACACUCGCCAAACGGGCGGCACUUGGCCCAAAGUCCCCAAUGUGAUGCCAACGAUCCUCAUGUUCAUCGUCGCGCUGGUGUCACUGGUUUUUGAUGGAUGCAUGCUCGUCGCGUACCUGUGGCCCUCGACCAGGUACGCCAGGUGGGCUGUCACUAUCGGCGGCGGGGCGCAAUACAUAAUCAGCUCGAACAAGACGAUCGGCUUCGCCAUCUCGGCCGUCGUAUCCAAAACGAGCUUCGACUUUGGAGACGCGAGCGGGACGAACCCCGACUUAUGGAGCUACACCUGUACGGAUCAAGCGGCAGAGCUGAACGAUAUAAUUCAAGCCGAGUCAAACUGCAAUACGCAGUGGGCAUCGUGGGCCUUUGCGCUUGCUCAGCUUGCUAUAGAGGUGUUUGGCUGGGCUGUCUCGCUACUCGCGUUCAGACAGACGACACAAAAGCUAUCUGCCCAGGCUAUGGAGCAGAAAAUGACGGCGUACAGCUCCAACGUCAACAGCAGACUUCAAGACGCUACGCCGAAUUUCGAAAUGCAGACAGGAUAUCACCCUGUAUGACGAGGCUUGAAGCGGAGGUCUGAGGCAAUAUCGAAGCAUGGCAACGAUUUUGUGCGAUGUGCUGGUCCGGCAAUUUCACCCCACACCUUUCCCCAGGUUUGAUCCUAAUAUUGUGAAAUUGGCAUGUAAAGUAGCGUGAAAACAGGCAGGAGCCCAAGUGAGGGCAGGUAACGAGGUUGGCUGC